AUGGACGUCCUGUCCUCCGGGACCAUCCAGAUUGUUACCAGCUCAAGGUUCACAGCUAGCAGCUGUGAUGGGAUGGAGAGGUGCAUCAUGGCGUAUUUACACUACGAGUUGUUUCCAUUGCUGCUGCUUCAGAUCCUCUCUGACAUUCACACUGUCUCUGCUUCAUUCUGUUUCCUGCAGAUUUUCUGUUUGUACACAUAUGCAAAUGUACAAUUUUAUAACUUAGCCGUCAUGUCUUAUGACAGAUAUCUUGCUAUCUGCUGUCCUCUGCAGUAUAACACAUGGAUGACGGCUAAUAAGAUCACCUUUCUUAUUGCUGUAACGUGGUUAUUCCCUCUUCUUGCCAUUGUUGUCAUGAUUUUCCUAAACGCCUCCUUACAGCUGUGUGGCAACUUAAUUGACAGACUGUUCUGUGACAGCUACUCCGUUGUGAAACUGGCCUGCUCUGACACGACCGUCAAUAACAUCUAUGGACUCAUUUACACUUUCACGAUAUUAGCUGGUCUUGCAACAGUGAUAUUUUACACGUACAUGAAGAUUCUUAAAGUUUGUUUUUCUGGUUCUAAACAGACGAGACAGAAAGCCGCCAGCACCUGCACACCUCACCUGUUGUCUCUGCUCAACUUCUCCUUUGGUUGUUUUUUUGAAGUGGUGCAGAGCAGGUUUGAUAUGAGCCAUACACCAAUUAUAGUACGUAUUUUUUUAUCUUUGUAUUUUCUCACUUGCCAGCCGCUCUUCAACCCUUUAAUGUAUGGACUGAAUCUGACCAAAAUCCGCAUCGUAUGUAAAAGUCUUGUCUUUGGUAAAAUGUAA